AUGAGGAUAGCGAUAGAAGUAACAAGAAUAACAACAACGACAUUCAACAAAGUAGACGACGGAGGCGACGACGUUACUAUCAAAGCUGUGAACAACGGUGCCGCUGGAUGUAGCACUACGACGACAAAAAAAAAGAAUUCUACAAAACGUUCUACGAAAGUCAAAUAUCAAUUUAUCGAAUGCGACAUUUCUAAAGGAAAUCGUAAAUUACACAAUGGUAUAGAAUGUUUUGUUACCGUAAUCGGGGAUUCGGAAAAACUUAAAGUUGUACAAAAGUUUUCGUUUUGCGCGGCAUGGCGUAUUACUUGUGAUUUGGUCAUUGGUGAUCCUCAACCUAACCUUACCUUAGGUAAAGCAUCCAUUUAG